AUGGAGGCCAUUCGCGCCUCGUCCUCCCUCGCCGCCCGUCAUCCCCUCUGCUACACGCCGCGCCUCCCUCCGCUUCUGCCGUCGUCGCACCGCGUCGCGCCGAGCAGCCACAUCGCCUCCGCGCUGCCGCCCGCCUGCCAUCCGCACUCGCGCGUCGCACCAACCCUCUCCGCCGCUGUCCGAGCGCAACGCCCGUCGCGAUGCCUCUCGUCUCUGGGCCGCGCCGAUCCACGUCCAAUCGCUCUGAGAGCCACCCCGGCCAGCUCCAGGCGGAGAGUGACAAUAGCGGGGGCCGUGGUGGCGGCGACGGCGGAGGCGGGGUCUGCUGAGAGCGAGGGCGACCGUGCGAUGGGCGCGCUGGUGGAGGCGGAGGGCGGCGCCGCGCACGGGAGGGGGCGUAGCGAGAGCAGCGAGGGCAGCGACGGCGGGGAGGGCAGCGAUGGCGGUGAGGGCGGUGAGGGCAGCGACGAGGGUGAGGGCGGGCUGUCGCGGAAGGAACUGCGGAAGGGGCGGCAGGAGCGACGAUUGCGGCUGAUGGAGCCCGAGGCGGUGCAGCAGCGGAGGCGGCAGCAGGAGGAGCGGGUGAUGGCGGCCAUGGCGCCGCUCAGAAAGCGCCCCGCCAACCCCGGUGGGCGCCGCAAGAAGACGGCGCCGGAGGGAGAGGGGGACGCGGGGAAGGUGGAGGGGGCAGCUGGGGAGACGGGAGGGGAGGAGGGGAAGGCGGAAGGAGUGGGUGGUGGUGCAGGGGAUGGGGGAGGUGAAGGGGGGUUGCUGGUGGAGGGGGGGCUGGGAGAGGCGGUAGUGGGUGGUGAAGGCGGUGGAGAGGGGCAGGUGGUGCAGGCGCGGGGGGACAUGGCCGAGGCAAUAGGCUCUGAGCAGCCGCAGCAGCAGCCGCAGGUGGAGGUGGAGGUGGAGGUGGGCGAUGCGGUGGAGGCAAUGAGGGUGCGCGGCGUGCAGUGGUGGAAGGUGGGCACUUUCCGAGGGGGCGAGUUCGAGGCGCAGCAGCAGAUCACCGCCCUCCUGGCCGCACACUGCCCGGGUGAACCGUGUGAGAUAUUCGUGCCGGCCAUCCGCUCCUCGCACCACGCCACCAUAAUGCGCCGGGCAGCAGCGGCCAUGGAGGAGGGCGGCCCCCCUCCACCCCUGGGGGCGGGCAUGCAGCGCAUAGAGCCAUGUGUGCUCUACGUGCGCUGCACCAUGUCCUCCGCCCUCUACAAGCAGGUGGUGGCUCUGGAGCGAGUGAGAGGCUUCGUAGGGGAGGUGGUGGGCAAGGGCAAGUACGGCAACAUGCUGCCGCGUGCCAUCCCGCUGGUGGAGCUGGCGGCCGUGCUGGAGCUCGUGAGGGGCAAGCAGGCCGAGGCCGACCGCCAGGCGCACGAGGCGGAGAGGCUCGCCGCUGCUGCGCAGGCAGGGAAGAAAGGCGCAGGAGGGGCUGGCGCGCAGGAGGAGGCGGGAGGGUCGGAUGGUGAGGGCGAGGUGGGAGCCGCAGCAGCAGUAGGUGGUGUGGUAAGCAGAGGGGCGCGCAUGCGGUCGGCAGUGCUGAUGCCGAUGCUGCCGGUGCCACUUUCAAUGCAGGCAGUGGCAGCAAUGGUGGUGGGGCAGCUGGUGUGA